AUGAAAACCAUCAUCAAGUUGAGUCUGGCUGUCCUGAUGCUGAUUCCUCUGAUUUAUCUGAUUCUGUGGAUGAGGAAGAAGAAAACUCUGAGCUCCACCACUGAACUGAAUGAACCUCUAGAGACUUUAGAGGGUCAGAAUGACUGGGGAGUGACAUACACUCCUACUCACAUCUGUGCCUCAAAAGGAUCAACAGUGGUCAUACGCUGCACCUACAGAUACCCAUACUGGACAAAUGACCGUUAUACUAAAGUUGAUGAAACAAUCUGGUUUGCUAAAGAGAGUAAUUAUGAACCUGUGGAUCUGAGAACAGACUCAGAGUACUCAGGUCGUGUGCAGCAUUACUGUGAUAAGAAGGACUGCACUCUGAGAAUCACAGACCUGAGAGAGAGAGACUCAGCUGAAUACACGUUCAGGUUCAUAACAAAUCGACCAGGAGGGAAAUAUACUGGUGAACCUGGAGUCUUUUUGACAGUCGCAGGCCUCCAAGUGCAUGUUGGACCAUCUUCAUCCAAACAGCAUCCCACCAGGACAGAGCUGAAAUGUCACAGUAAUUGUCAGCUGCCUGGUCAUCAUUAUUACAUCUGGUACAAGAAUGGCCAACAAUUUUGGGUGUAUACAGCUAACUUUAAUCUGAACCAAAUUAAUCCUGAUGACUACUACUCUUGUGCUCUAUCAGGAUACGAGUCUUUCCCCUCUCCUCCAGUGUAUGCUCCAAAGCUUCCCUCUGUGUCAGUGAGUCCCUCUGGUGAAAUCAUUGAGGGCAGUUCAGUGACUCUGACCUGUAGCAGUGAUGCUAACCCAGAAGCUAAAUACACCUGGUACAAGAAGAAUGUAAAUCCAGACCUUCAACCUCUCAGUAAAGAACCACAGCUUGUCUUCAGCUCCAUCCAGUCCUCUGACUCUGGAGAGUAUUACUGUACAGCUGAGAACCAGCUGGGGAAGAAGACAUCCGAAUACAUCUUUAUUGAUGUGAAAUAUGCCCCAAAGGUUCCCUCUGUGUCAGUGAGUCCCUCUGCUGAGAUAGUGGAGGGCAGUUCAGUGACUCUGAACUGUAGCAGUGAUGCUAACCCAGCAGCUAAUUACACCUGGUACAAGGAGCCGGAGCAAGAUAACACUCUGUACGCCAGCCUGGAGUUGUCCAACAACCAGGAAGAUUCUCUCUACUCCGACCUCAGAUCAGCUCAACCAGAGUUCAGCAAACUGGGGAAGAUCCAUCUGCACUAUGGUCCAAAGCUUCCCUCUGUGUCAGUGAGUCCCUCUGGUGAAAUCAUUGAGGGCAGUUCAGUGACUCUGACCUGUAGCAGUGAUGCUAACCCAGCAGUUAAAUACACCUGGUACAAGGAGAAUGUAAAUCCAGACCUUCAACCUCUCAGUGAACCACAGCUUGUCUUCAUCUCCAUCCAGUCCUCUGACUCUGGAGAGUAUUACUGUACAGCUGAGAACCAGCUGGGGAAGAAGACAUCUAAAUACAUUGUUGAUGUGAAAUAUGCUCCAAAGCUUCCCUCUGUGUCACUGAGUCCCUCUGCUGAGAUAGUGGAGGGCAGUUCAGUGAAUCUGACCUGUAGCAGUGAUGCUAACCCAGCAGCUAAUUACACCUGGUACAAGAAGAAUGAAGACUCACCAAAAGCAUCAGGACAGAUCUUCACCAUCACUGAUGUCAGACCUGAACACAGUGGGAAUUAUUACUGUGUAGCCCAGAACAGAAGAGGACGUCAUAACUCCACCUUACAUCUGACUGUUGCAGCAGCUAUUUGA